AUGGCCACCGAACGUCUGAAGUCUGUCCUCUCGCACAUCACGCCCAGCACCUCCGGGCUCGACGCAAUCACGACAAAGAACCCCGACGACGUCGUCAUCACUCUCGCAAUCCGCACCCCGCUCACCAAGGCCAAGAAGGGUGGCCUCAAGGACACGCCGCUCGAUGGCAUCGUCUACAAGCUGCUCUGCGAAGUGGUCCGCAAGUCGCGGAUUGACCCGCAGAUGGUCGAGGACAUCUGCCUAGGCAAUGUCUCCGACUCCAAAGCCGCCUACUACAUCCGCGCCGCCGCCCUCGGCGCCGGCUUCCCCAACACGACCGCCGCAAGCUCCUGCAACCGGUUCUGCAGCUCCGGCCUCGUAGCCGUCCAGAACAUCGCGAACCAGAUCAGCACGGGCAGCAUCGAGGUCGGGCUCGCCAUCGGGGCCGAGCACAUGUCCACGGGCGGGGACCGGCUCGAGCGGCCCUUCUACCCGGAGAUCCUGCAGGCGCAGGAAGCACGCGACUGCAUGCAGCCGAUGGGCCAGACGUCGGAGAACGUGGGCAAGGACUUCGAGAUCACGCGCGAGAUGCAGGACCGGUACGCGGCGGAGUCGUACCGGCGGGCCGAGGUGGCGCAGAAGGCCGGCUGGUUCGACGACGAGAUCGUGCCCGUCACCGUCAAGACCAAGGACCCGAAGACGGGCGAGGAGAAGACCGUCACGCUGACCGCGGACGAGGGCCCCCGCUGGGGCACCACCUACGAGUCGCUGAGCAAGAUCCGCCCGGCCUUCAUGCCGCACGGCGACCGCUCCACGGGCGGCAACAGCUCGCAGGUCACCGACGGCGCCGCAGCCGUACUUCUCAUGAAGCGCUCCCGCGCCGAGGAGAUGGGUCAGCCGAUCCUGGCCAAAUUCGUCGGCGCCACCGUCGCCGGUUUGGCGCCCCGCAUCAUGGGCAUCGGCCCCUCGAUCGCGAUCCCCAAGCUGCUGACCAAGUUCAACAUCUCGCUCGACGACUGCGACGUCGUGGAGCUGAACGAGGCCUUCGCCAGCAUGGCCGUGUACUGCCUGCGCGAGCUGAAGAUCGACCACAGCAAGAUGAAUAUCCGGGGCGGCGCGAUUGCGCUCGGGCAUCCGCUUGGGUGCACGGGGGCGCGGCAGAUUGUUACCGGGUUGAGCGAGUGUAGGCGCCAGAAGAAGAAGAUCCUCUUGACGAGUAUGUGUAUUGGGACGGGGAUGGGGAUGGCGGGGUUGUUUGUUAAUGAGCAGCUUUAG